AUGAACAUCGGCGAUGUCGUGCAAAUCGCCGGCUGCUCGACGAAACGACGUCUUCUGGAGACGUCGAGCGGAAGCGAAGCGUUCGAUACGCUCUGCGGCGGAGCCUUGCCGAACUCCGGCAUCGUCUUGCUGAACGAGCCGCGGUCCCGGAAGUUCCACACCUUCCUUACUCGCUAUUUCCUGGCCGAGGGUCUUCACCACAAGCACGCCUGCGUCAUCAUCGGCCCCGAUUCGGAUAACAACGAAGUGCUUCGUUCCGGUAUCCCGUCUCGGAAGGAAGCCGAAGUCCGCGCUGAGCCCAGGAAUCAGCCAGCCGGCGACGAUGCCUUGAGAAUCGCCUGGCGUUAUGAAAACGCCAGGGCCGAGCCGGCGAAUCUGUCCAAGAAGGAGAGCUACGACUUCUUCGCUCCGAUAGAAGACCCACAGGACGUCGUUGUGUUCUCAAGCUGCUCCUAUCGAGACGUCUACGAGUUCAUCUCCAACACGAUAAACCAAGACGAGAAGCACACAAAAACCUCAGGUCGUGGGGGACCUCCGAAGAACUUUCUCCGCGUCGUCAUCCAGAAUAUCGGUUCUCCCUUGUGGACCGACAGUGAAGACCUCCCGAAGUUCUUGAUACUUCUCCGAGCUUUGAUGAGAACGGCCUACGGGAUCGUCUACCUGUCGACCAACAGUCUGAACCUGUCGGAGAAGCUCGCAAGACAACUGGAGGUCGUCGCCGACAUCCACGUUGAGCUGGUCGCCUUUAAGGACGAGGAGAAGCAGCAGAUGAAGCAUUUGGGGCCGGCCAACGGCUACUUCCGGCUGGUUUCCUUGAGUCGUCUGGCCACUGUUGGAACCCAUACGCCGCCGAUCCUCGAUCUGGUCUUCGAGGCGAGCCGCAAAGGCUUCGAAAUUCGAGUUUUGCACCUGCCGCCGGCCGUUAAUGAACCAUCACCGGCUAAGAAUGCGUGUAAUGUUGAUUUUUGA